UAUGGCAGUUAACGCAACAUGUAUGUGUUCACCUUUCAUAAAACUAACCAAAUGUGUUAUUUCGGUUGUAUUUAAUAAAAAUUUUCAUACAAACAAUGUCAUUACGUUUAGUUAAACGAUGUUCGGUGCAAACGAGUAUGUUUCUUGUUCUAAUUUUGCAAAAUGUUGAGUUUUGUCGGAGUCUGAAUGUUCACGUUUCGUCGAUGGUAGAGGGGGAAGGAUUCCAUAGGUACUUAAUAUAUCAAAUAGAUUUUGAUAAUUUUAUAGAUGGGUGUAACAUUGCCCUGCAUUUGAAUCUACCAUCUUCCUUGUAUACUAAUAUCAAUGAAUUGAACGAUUUAAAAAGACUAGGUGUUACCACAGCAUGUUCUGUGGGAGAAACGGACACAGAAUUAUUCAUGGAAAAAGCAAAAUCUCAAAAUGUUACUAUAUGUUCGCCUUUAAUUGGUGUAAAAUCUGUAUUAAAGCUUCCUGUACAUCAGCGUUACCAGUAUCCUAAUGAAAAUAAUAUGUACACGACUGUAACUCUACCGAAACCAAAUUUACUUUUGGGUUGUAAGGAAAGGAUUAGGGAAUUCAGAGUUUCAAAGAUAGAUUUGUGUUCUCCGUGCAUAGAAGUUGUUCCUAAAUGGAGAGAGAUUCCAUAUGUUUGGGAUACAGAAGAUGUUGCAUGGAAAAUACCAGUUGGUAAUUUGAGUAUGUUAACUACAGUAACUUACAUUACGUUACUAUUAACUAUUUUAUGUACUAUGUUUCUUAUACGAACAAUUUGGAAAUCCGUACUAUGUACACAUAAAAAAACAGAAUAAUAC